CGCGCCGCCGCCGUAGGUCACGUGCUCCGUGGCCCGGACUGGAGAAGCCGGAAGUAGCCUGGGGCGCUAGAAGGCCCCGGAGCUGCGGGCUGUGCGCGGCGGAGACUCGGCUGGCGUGAGGAGCGCCCGAGCGAGCCGAGAUGCAGAGCACGUCUAACCAUCUGUGGCUUUUGUCUGACAUCUUAGGCCAGGGCGCCACUGCAAAUGUCUUCCGAGGAAGACAUAAGAAAACUGGUGAUUUAUAUGCUGUCAAAGUAUUUAAUAACAUAAGCUUCCUUCGCCCAGUGGAUGUUCAAAUGAGAGAAUUUGAAGUAUUAAAAAAACUCAACCACAAAAACAUUGUCAAAUUAUUUGCUAUUGAAGAGGAGACAACGACAAGACAUAAAGUCCUUAUUAUGGAAUUUUGUCCUUGUGGGAGUUUAUACACUGUUUUAGAGGAGCCAUCCAAUGCCUAUGGACUACCGGAAUCAGAAUUUUUAAUUGUUUUACGAGAUGUGGUGGGUGGAAUGAAUCACCUCCGAGAGAAUGGCAUAGUGCACCGUGACAUCAAGCCGGGCAAUAUCAUGCGCGUCAUAGGGGAGGAUGGACAGUCUGUGUACAAACUCACAGACUUCGGUGCCGCUAGAGAACUGGAGGACGAUGAGCAGUUUGUGUCUCUGUAUGGCACAGAAGAGUACUUGCAUCCUGACAUGUAUGAGAGAGCCGUACUAAGAAAAGAUCAUCAGAAGAAGUACGGGGCUACAGUUGAUCUCUGGAGUAUUGGAGUGACAUUUUACCAUGCAGCUACCGGAUCGCUGCCAUUUAGACCAUUUGAGGGGCCUCGCAGGAAUAAGGAAGUGAUGUACAAAAUCAUCACUGGAAAGCCUUCUGGUGCCAUAUCUGGAGUACAGAAAGCAGAAAAUGGGCCAAUUGACUGGAGCGGAGAAAUGCCUGUUUCUUGUAGUCUUUCUCGGGGUCUUCAGACACUGCUUACCCCAGUACUUGCAAACAUUCUUGAAGCUGACCAAGAGAAGUGCUGGGGUUUUGACCAGUUCUUCGCAGAGACUAGUGAUGUCCUUCACCGAAUGAUAAUCCACGUUUUCUCGCUGCAGCAGAUGACAGCACAUAAGAUUUAUAUUCAUAGCUAUAAUACUGCUGCUGUAUUCCAUGAACUGGUAUAUAAGCAAACUAAAAUUAAUUCUGCAAAUCAAGAACUUAUCUAUGAAGGACGACGCUUAGUCCUAGAACUUGGAAGACUAGCCCAGCAUUUCCCUAAAACCACAGAGGAGAACCCUAUCUUUGUCGUAAGCCGGGAACCCCUAAGUACCAUAGGACUGAAAUACGAGAAAAGUAAGUUUGAAUUGGUGAGAGAUGAUUACAAUGAAACUGUUCACAAGAAGACAGAAGUUGUGAUCACGUUGGAUUUCUGCAUCCGAAACAUUGAAAAGACUGUGAAAGUAUAUGAAAAGUUGAUGAAAAUUAACCUAGAAACAGCAGAGUUGGGUGAAAUUUCAGACAUACACACCAAAUUGUUGAGACUCUCCAGUUCCCAGGGGACCAUAGAGAGUGGCCUUCAGGACAUUGACAGCAGGCUGUCUCCAGGGGGGUCGCUGGCAGACACCUGGGCCCAUCAGGAAGGCACUCAUCCCAAGGACAGAAAUGUAGAAAAACUCCAAGUCUUGUUAAAUUGCAUCACAGAAAUUUACUAUCAGUUCAAAAAGGACAAGGCAGAGCGCAGACUCGCUUAUAAUGAAGAGCAGAUCCACAAGUUUGAUAAACAAAAACUGUAUUACCAUGCAACAAAAGCAAUGAGCCACUUUACAGAAGAGUGUGUUAAGAAGUACGAAGCUUUUCUGGAUAAGUCAGAAGAGUGGAUGCGAAAGAUGUUUCUUCUGAGAAAACAGCUGUUAUCUCUAACUAAUCAGUGCUUUGAUAUCGAAGAGGAAGUGUCCAAGUAUCAAGACUACACUAAUGAGUUACAAGAAACUCUGCCUCAGAAACUACUUGCAGCCUCUAGUGGAGCCAAGCACGCCAUGACCCCGAUUUACCCCAGUUCUAACACUUUAGUGGAGAUGACUCUCGGUAUGAAGAAAUUGAAGGAAGAGAUGGAAGGCGUGGUUAAGGAGCUGGCUGAGAACAAUCAUAUUUUAGAACGGUUUGGUGCUUUAACAAUGGAUGGUGGCCUCCGCAAUGUGGACUGUCUUUAGCUUUCUAGGAAUUCUGGGAAGUUCUUGUUUGCACAAGAAGUAACACUGGGGAAUGAAAUGAGCACCUUUAUUGGUGGUUCUUAUUUCUACAAUUCAGUAUUUGAUGAGGUCGUGUAAAUAUGUACAGUUUGUAAAUAUAAAUAUAUAUAUAUAUAUAAAUUUUUGGCUGCUGUUCAGAUGUAAUUUUGCCUUUUAAAUACAUUUGUAAGUCCUCAAGGCAGACUGACCUCAGUGAGCUGCAGAAGAAAGCCAUGACCAGCCGAUGCUUUGGGAUGCUGUCCCCAGUGCUUCAAGUGAGGCUGGAGACGUCUACUGCUUGGUGCCUACUGAAAAUAUUUUUUAAAUUGGCAUCCUUAAAACUCAGAAAGGACUGGUAGUGGAGACCUUUGUGAAGGGUGGGGUGGUGGCUUUUGUGAUGGAGCAGAGCCGACCCACCGCCGACACAGAUGAAGCGGCAUUACUUUAUUUUACGAGGUGCCCAGAUCUCCGUUCUCCUCGUAUGUCUAAUUUCAGGUGAAUUAUUGAGCAAAAAAAUUUAAAGUGAACUCAUUGUUUAAACCUUGUUUUUUCUUUGCUCAUAAAUGUGUAAUUGUCAUUCAGAUUCUAGUAUCAUAUCAAUUAUUUUAAGCUGUACAUUUCUGUACUUUAAUUCUGUUAACUAUUUCAUGAAAUAUUCUGCUUACUAUUUCAUGAAAAAAUAAAUUUCUCAAUUUUAAUUAA